GCUUAAAUCUUCGCUUUGACUCGUACACACACACACACAGGUGCGUCGUAGUCGUACACAUGACGUGCAUGUAGUUAGCUGCAACAACGUGACAAUUUAUCAUUUCAGUCCCGCACGUUCAUUUUCAAGUUUUAAGAAAGAGGUUCGUUCGUAUUCUGUCCUGUGUGUCAACAAUAUCUCACCAAAAUGGCGAAAACAGAAAAGAAAAAAAGGAAGGAGCAAGGAAUAAAGAAGUCCAACAGUAGUACAAACCCAGAUCGAGGCAAUGCAGGGAGUGGCAUGAGAGACCGCUCAACCAUCAUGAGAUUAAACAUGUAUCGGAAGGGAAAACCCCAAAGAAACCGGAAGGGUAAAAUUGUGAUGGCAGCUCCAUUUCAGAAACAGCUGAAGUCAGGGACAGUAGCUCGAGUAGAGCCAAAUAGAAAAUGGUUUGGCAAUACGAGGGUGGUAUCCCAAAAUGCAUUGCAGACCUUCCAGGAGGAGCUGGGGAAGGUCAUAAAGGAUCCGUAUCAGGUCGUCAUGAAACAGACCAAGCUGCCAAUUACUCUGCUGCAAGAGAAGGCUAAGUACAAUCGUGUUCACCUGUUGGAUACAGAGAGCUUUGGAUCAACGUUUGGUCCCAAGAAACAAAGGAAGAGAGUAAACAUCAAGGUGGCAGAUGUAGAGUCCUUGGUAAAGUCUGCAGAGGAGUCUAGUGAUAAGUACGACGUCGAGAAGGACACUGACUUGGUGUUCGAUGAUGGAGGAGUCAGGGAUGAGGUCAAGGAUUGGGUCUUUGGAGCUGGACAGUCCAAAAGAAUAUGGAAUGAACUCUAUAAGGUGAUAGAUUCUUCCGAUGUUGUGGUUCAAGUUCUUGAUGCCCGGGAUCCGAUGGGAACAAGAUCCAAGUACAUAGAGAACUACCUCAAGAAAGAGAAGCCUCAUAAACACCUCAUCUUUGUUCUAAACAAAGUGGAUCUGGUCCCAACUUGGGCUACGAAACGAUGGGUAGCCAUUUUAUCCCAUGAUUACCCCACCCUAGCGUUCCACGCCAGCAUGAGGAAUCCAUUCGGAAAGGGUGCCCUCAUACAGCUUCUAAGACAGUUUGGAAAGCUCCAUGUAGAUAAGAAGCAGAUCAGUAUAGGUUUCAUUGGAUACCCUAACACUGGCAAAAGUUCUAUAAUCAACACCCUCAGGGCUAAGAAGGUCUGCAAUGUGGCACCAAUUGCAGGAGAAACCAAGGUAUGGCAGUACAUCACACUGAUGAGAAGAAUCUUCUUGAUAGAUUGUCCUGGAGUCGUCUAUCCCUCGGGAGAGACAGAGACAGAGAUUGUACUCAAGGGAGUGGUACGGAUAGAGAAUGUGAAGGGUCCAGAAGACUACAUUCCGGAGGUGUUGAGACGGGUCAAACCAGACUACUUACAGAAGACGUACCGCGUCUCAGAGUGGGUUGAUUAUAUCGACUUCUUAGAGAAGCUCGCUCAACGUACAGGAAAACUAAACAAGGGAGGUGAACCUGAUGUCAGUACUGUAGCUAAGAUGGUAUUGAAUGACUGGCAAAGAGGGAAAAUCCCUUUCUUUGUCAAACCACCCAACUGUGAACAGGAUUCAAGGGAAGAUGUUGACAAGAAAGAAUCCCCCAAGAAGACUAAGGAAACGGUUGCCAAGGACACGGUUGCCAAGGAGGACACCGUCCCUAAGAAGAAGGAGAUCAGAGGAGUGAAACAAGACCUCAGCAAAAUCAACAUCGGACCAAAGUUCGCUGGAGACGAUCUGAAACCAAAGGACAUGGAUGGCGAGGAGAAUGAGGUCACGGAAGGACAGGAACCGGAAGAAGAGGAGGAGGAGGAGGAGGAGGAGGAGGAGGAGGCGGCAGAAGAAGGAGAACAAGAUGUAGAUGGUGAAGAAGUAGUCAGUCAGAUGGAAGAUAGUGACAAAGCAGGAAAAGAUUUAACGAAUGAAGCAUCAACAUCAUCAGCAUCAUCAGACUCUGUGAAGAAGUCAGUAAAGAGGACUAGAAGAAAAGAGGAGGCAAAGACCGGUAUCUCGUACGGUGCUAACGUCUUCCUCAAUACGAAGAACAAGAAACUCUUAGCCAAGGCAAAGAUUGAGAAGAAGAGAGAAGCCAUGUUGCAGAAGAGGAGUCAAACAGAGAGUAAUGAGGAUCAAAAUAAACCAGCAAAGAAGGGCAAGAAACCGCAACCCAUCGGGUCAUACUGCCCUCUAGGGAGCAGCGAUGAAGAUGACGCAGGUGACACGAGGAGAAAGAAGAAGAGAUACUUUGAAGAGGAGAAAGCAGGAAAAAAGAAACUCACAUCAAAGCAGAAGCGAAGCAUCGAUAGAGCACAGAAGAGUAAGAAGGUCGGACAGCAUUUCUACGCAGAGACGAACGUCAAGAAUAGAAACAGAUCCAAGAAAGUCAAAUGACCAUAUCAGGACCUCCAGAGAAUCUAAUGUAAACAUUAACAUGAACAUUAUCUAUGAAGGCACUUUCAUGCAGAUUUUUAUACACGAAUCUGUGUGAUGGGCAGUUAUUCAUCUAUUUUGGAGGCAGACACUUGCUACAUAAAAGCAGCUGCUAUGAUCUGUACACCAUUGGUUGGCCAAAAACCCAAUUUUUGAUGAGCUGUUUUGAGGCAAUGAAAUACAUGGAGUUAAUUUCCUCACUUUUAUUCUUGUAUAUUGUUAACAAAUAAUUUCAUUCUUCCAUCGAAUACAUUUUAAUGUCGCAUUACAAACAUUAAUUUUGCCUGUAAAUAUCUAGAACUUUUAAUUGACUGAUGAAAUCUUUCACACAAAAAUAGAUCUGGGACAAUUUUUUUUAAAAUCCUUUUUUCUGUUUCUCAGUUUUCUUUCCUGAUCAAAUAAUCUAAGCCAAAGUUGUUAACAGUCCUCUAUCCAUUACUGAUUUUAGUAAUUGCUUAUCUGUAGUUCUGUUUAAUAGACCGUCUUGAAACUCAGAUAGGCCCUCUUUGUUGAGAUGUUAAUCAUGAAAAGAAUGAUCCAUUGUCAAGUAUUAUGUGCUCAUAUAGAAGUCUGGAUUCUUUGUUCCAAUUCAAGUUUCACUAAUUGCUGCAUUACAUGUAAGUUUGCAGCAAUAAGCCAGUUCAUAGUUGCAGUCUGAGCAUGAGCAGACGAAGGUCAUUGCAGACGAAAGUGUGAAAUACACGGAGACAAAAUACUGGAUACGUGCUCAUGAAGUUAUGUAAUCAUUCAUUCAUGCACAAGCAGUGCACUCCAUAAUACACAGGCGGAAGUAUUCUUUGAAAAGGGGAAACAAAAGCUGUUUAAUAGCACCUCCAUUGCUGUAGUAUGGAUUUAUUUCAAAAUGUACAAAGUGGGACCUCUUCAUGUGUUGAAGAUCUUUGGAUAUUCAGGGUCAUUUUUGGACAUGUGCUUACCGUGAACUGGUCUAUUGUGAUCCUGCAAGGUAAUUUAUUUUGUGUGAUUCUUGAUUUACAGUAUUUUGUCAUUCAUGCCUAGAAUUUCUGAUGUGUUUAUAGAAAUGUACAACUUUUCAAACAAUUCAAGAUGAUUCAGAACAUUGUAUGUGAUAUCACUACUUCUACACUGCUUUUGAACAUAUGACAUGAAUCCCUUUUGAGUGGGAGAAUCAUGGAUACAGUUUGUAUAUCAAUUAUUAAAAUUGAAAACUAUGACCUUUACUUUAAA